CAUCGAGCUAGCGCACCGCUUCUCCGGGGAGAUCAUCUCCGCCGACAGCAUGCAGUAGGAAUGGAUUAAUGGAUUCGAGUCGCAGCUGUUCAGUCGGUAGUCGGUCACCAUCGCUGAGGACAUUGCUGAUACUUCGCUAUACUUCUCUUCGACGUUUCAUCACUAUAGAAACGAUGUACGAGGUUUCUGAUCGGAGCUCAUUCAUGCUGGCGAGCGAAGUGGAACGAAGGUAUACAAAGGCCUGGACAUCGUUACCGCGAAGGUAACUCCAGUGGAAAGAAAGGCGGCGCCGCAUCACAUGCUGGACAUCGUGGACCCGCUGACCAACUUCUCCGUAAUCGACUUCAGGAACAUGGCCCUGCCGAUCAUAGACAACCUGCUAGCCAGGAGGAAACUACCGAUCGUCGUCGGUGGUACGAACUAUUACAUAGAAUCACUACUAUGGGAGAUUCUUAUAACUGAUCCGAAAGAACCAUCGAUGCAAGUCAAUUCAAGCGCGACCAAUUCAAGCACGUCGAUCGAAAAUAGAUCGGACGAUCGAUACAAUGUACAAGAUCGACUGAAUGACAGCGAUGACGAUGAUGAUGAGACGGCGCCGAAGAAGUUGAAAUUCGACGCGAGAAUAUACGAUGGCAGCAACGAAGAGCUACACCAAAAACUGAUGAAGAUCGAUCCGGAGAUGGCGUUCAAAUUGCAUCCCAAUAACAGACGGAAAGUUAUAAGAUCUUUGGAGAUUUUCUACCAACACGGAAAAACACAGUCCGAGUUGCUGAAAGCCCAGCGUAUCGCUGGUGGUUGUGGAUUAGGGGGACCUCUUAAAUAUCCGAAUAUUAUUAUGUUAUGGCUACGCUGCAAUAAGAAGAUCCUCGAUAACAGACUGAAUGACCGAGUCGAUGGCAUGAUGGAGGUUGGUUUGGUGCAGGAAUUACUUGACUUUCAUCGCAGCUACAACGAGCAACGAAUUAAAUCUAACACGUCACCUGAUUACACGAAAGGCAUCUUCCAGAGCAUCGGCUUCAAAGAGUUUCACACUUACCUCAUAUUACCUGAAAAGGAACGCGCAAGCGAAAAGGGGAAAAAAUUACUGCAACAAGGAAUCGAUGAUUUAAAACUCGCUACUAGGAGGUACGCAAAGAGACAAGAUAAAUGGGUGAUGAACAGACUGAUUCGGCGUGGUGAUCGACAGGUUCCUCCUGUUUAUUCUUUAGAUUGCACCGACGUGACAAAAUGGGACAGUCACGUUUUAGAACCUGCAGCAGCAAUCAUUUCCGCAAUAUUGCACGAUGCAAAACCUGAACAACAACCACUAAAUGAGAAUUUCGAGAAUCAAAAGACUACUGAUAGUAGUACAAAUAUAUAUAAUUAUUGCAAGGUAUGUGAAAGAGUGUUUGUCGAAGAACAUCAAUGGCAAGCCCAUUUGAAAGGCGGAAAACAUAUGAAAACCUUAAAAAAGAAGAAAAAAAUCGCUGAAGAUACACAUUCUAGGAACGUCAACUGACUUGUACAUGACAAAUAUCAGUUUCGCUAUGACAUUGCACGAACAUUCGUUUCUGCGUUUAUACCAAGCCAUUAAAACUGUGAUUGUCCACAUUCUAUUUUAUUAAUAAUUACCAUGUAGAUAAUUUAAAAAAAAUAAAAUUUUCUCUU